AUGAAAUGUUUUGUUUUAAUAGGAUUUUAUUAUGGUAAAAGUACUGACGUGACUGUAGCCCAGGCCAAAGCUGAGUGCGAGGCCCUGGGGAUGAGGCUGGCCGUGUUUAACACACAGUCUGAGUGGGAGGCAGGCAAAGCCUUUCUUAACACAUACAACUCUCUAUGGGGAAAAGACAAGAAUGUAUGGAUAGGUUUAGAAAGAGAUGCUUCACAGGCAGGAAUGGUGUAUAAAUGGAUAGACGGAACUACACUCUCCUGGGGCCAAUUUUACAACACCCCUUGGAAGAACGCUUCUACUCCAGUCGAUGAUGUGAAUAAAGCUUGCGUCAAAAUGGAAUGGGGUGCCUCACUGCUAUGGAUACACCAUGACUGUACCGCUACCGAGGAUUUCUUGUGUGAAGGUUUCCACAUGAAUCCUGCGACCAUUAGUGGGUGGUCAGCUGCUAAAUCCACGUGUGAAGGAAUGGGAAUGAAACUGGCCUCCAUAACAUCUGCUGAGAUAAAUGAAGCGGCCAUCAAAUACAUCAAUGUACAACAAAACUCGGGGUCAGUUAACGAUGUGUGGUUCGGUUUGUCGCUAUCAGGAGGACAGUACGUUUAUGAGGAUGGUACGGUGAUUACGUCAGGCGUGUACGGAAUCGGUUAUAAUAGCUAUCCCUGGAGAUCUUCUGAACCUAAUAACCCAAACACCGAUUUCUGUAUCCGAUUGGCCUCAGAUGGAGGGGGAGUCUUCAGGUGGGCGGACUGGAGAUGCUCUACCAGUUAUAAUUUCCUUUGUCAAGUCCAUUUUACACCCGUCACCACCACUACCACUACAACUACCACCACUACCACUACACCAACUCCUACCACUACAACCACUACCUCUACACCAACUCCUACCACCACAACCACUACCCAGGCACCUACCACUUCUACCACUCAACUGGUGACCACCACCAAACCAUGGUGGUUUGUGGAGUAUAGCGCUGAUGGAAAGGCGAUAGGAGCAAAUGGCAAGACAUUUGACGAAUCAGUACCUCCAGCCAGAUUUGGGGCCAUUGGUCUGUGUAUCGGAUUCUCCACUUUCGCUGUAUUGAUGACAUUAAUUUGUUUGGGGUGGUUCUGCUGCAUCAGAAGUAAAGACGAUUACCGCUUUGUGGAGGAGGAGGAGGAGGAUGAAAAGGAGACCAAAAAGACCAUCUCUUUUACACCCAUCUCCCAGAAACCACACGGACUUCAGUACACCGCAUAA